CCGAUUAUAUUUUAGUUGUAAGUAUAUAGUUAGAGUAAUCAUUUGCAAACGAUAAAAUAAAUGUAUCAAAAUUUUCUGCCAAACUUUUGUGCAACUCUGUGGUGAUGUUAGUCGGCAUAGCAGUGCAUUUAAUGUCAACGUUUAUUCUUUCAUUUUACGCUUUCACCAGUUUUUCCAUGAUCUUUUUGUUCCUCAUACAACGAAUUUGACUAUAGUAGCCAAAGCAAAGCGGUUAACAAUUAAUCAAAAUAAACAGUACGCUUUCCACUCUGGCUGUGUGUGUGUGUGCAUCAAUUGAUUCACAAAAAUUGUGGCAGCAGUAAGAAAAAAUUUGGAAAAUGAGAUUCAAACAUUUUAUGGGGCUGCAUUUAGGCUCAUUACUAGUUAUAUUACUUCUGGCAAGUUCUCCGCUCGUACGAGCUGACGUGGAGCAGGACUUCCCUGAUGAAGUUGACGAUGAUGGCAAAGUAGAGGAUGUGCAGGAUGAAAAUGAACUCGAAGAAAUUGUCUACGAAAGCCCCGUUUAUGAUCAAAGUAAAUUCUACUUUGCCGAUCACUUUGAUGACAUCGCCGAAUCUCGCAAACGUUGGGUAAAAUCGGAGGCAAAGAAAGAUGAUAUCGCCGAAGAAAUUGCCAAAUAUGACGGCAUAUGGGAUUGGGAGCCACCACAACGUAUCGUUUCCAAGAAAGACAUUGGUCUCGUACUCAAAUCGAAGGCGAAACAUGCAGCUAUUGCUUCAAAGCUUAACAAACCAUUCACCUUUAAGAGCGACACACCCCUCGUAGUGCAGUACGAAGUAACUAUGCAGGAGGGACAAGAAUGUGGCGGCUCAUAUAUCAAAUUACUUUCACAUGGCGUACAUACAGAAAACCUCAAGAAGUUUAACGAUAAAACGCCAUACACUAUUAUGUUUGGACCAGAUAAAUGCGGCAGCGACAUUAAACUACACUUCAUAUUUCGUCACGUUAAUCCAAUUAAUGGUAGUAUCGAGGAAAAGCAUUGCAAAAAACCAAAAGAUCGCUUGGAGGAACCAUUCAAGGACAAAUUGCCACAUCUCUAUCAGUUAGUAAUACGUCCAGAUAAUACAUUCGAAAUAAGCGUUGAUCACAAGGUGGUGAAUCAGGGUUCUCUGCUGUCAGAGUUCGCGCCACCAGUUAACCCACCACGUGAAAUUGAUGAUCCCGAGGACAAGAAACCAAAAGACUGGGAUGAGCGUGAGAAGAUACCUGAUCCAACCGCUAAGAAACCAGAAGAUUGGGAUGACGAUGCACCACCACAAAUUCCAGAUCCUACAGCUGUUAUACCUGAUGGUUGGCUUGAAGAAGAAUCUGUCAUGAUACCUGAUCCAACAGCCGUCAAACCCGAAGAUUGGGACGCUGAAAUGGAUGGCGAAUGGGAAGCACCAAUGAUUGAUAAUCCUGCUUGUGAAAAGGCCGUCGGCUGUGGUGAAUGGAAAGCGCCUCUCAUACCUAACAAGGAGUACAAAGGCAAAUGGCGUGCACCACUCAUCGACAAUCCAAAUUAUCAAGGCAAAUGGGCUGCACGAAAAAUACCCAAUCCCGAUUACUUUGAAGAUCUCACACCAUUCAAGAUGACACCUAUCUCGGCUGUGGGCCUUGAACUUUGGUCGAUGUCUGACAGCAUUUUGUUUGACAACUUGAUUGUCGCUGACGAUGUUGAGUUGGCCAGAGAUUUCGCCGCCAAAACCUUUGAUAUUAAGCGUAAAUAUAUCGAUAAGGAAUCGGAGACAUUUUUCAAUAAAAUCGUAUCAUUCUUCAAUGAAAGCUCUUGGGCUUGGCGUGUAGCAAUUGUAUUAGCUGGUGCCACACCACUAUCACUCACUUUGUAUCGCUUGUUUAAGAGAUCUGGUUCGAAGGAGUCCGGUUCCGAUGCUGAUGCCAAGAAAACCGAUGCCGUGCAACCUGACGACGCUGCGGCAACUUCGGGCGGUGAUGCCGAUACCACUGCCGCCAGCAGCAGCAGCAACAAUAUAUCUAGUCCUAAAACUAAAAAGUCUGAUUUAGAUGUAAAAGAUGAGAACGAAGAGAAAGAAGCUGAGACUACAACAGUUACAGCUGCCACAAACAGCGGCAAAGAAUCACAAGACGAUGAUGCUGAGGUGGUCGUCACUGAGGAAACCACGACGAAGGCCGCACGCAAGCGCCGCGUGCCCAAAGAUCAGUCUUAAGCCAAGCUGUCGUUAGCUGGACAACGCAAUACAAAAGAAUUCCAAAAAGCAAAGAUUUAAAUAAAUUUAUAUAUAGUAGAAUGUGCAGCAGAAAAGUCGGUGGCGUUGAAAUGCAAAGCAAACGAAGCACUACAUGUUCGUGACAUGAUGCGGCAUGCAUUUGAUUUUUAUUUAGUUUAGUUUAUAACUUCCAAAUAAUUUCCCCCACAAUUUCACAUGGCAAACUGCAGUCAUGCCACACACAUACUAUGCGUAAUGUGAGAAUGACUUUUUUUUUUUAUUGUAUUUAUACAUGUAUACUUGUAGUUCAAUUGAUAUGGAAUGCAAUGUUUUUUUGUUAUUUCUUUUUUAUGUUGCACGUGAAAUGUUUAUGCGCGCCACAAGUGUGUGUGUGUGUGUGUGUGUACAUUGUACGUUGUCAAAUGUACGCACGUGCAAAAUACAUACACCAAAUAGGUGCAUAUUCUUGGGGAAUACGGCCAGUCGUUUAGGUGUGAAAACUUAUAAGAAAAUUUCAAUGAAAACAUGUUCGGUCUACUUCGAUUUCGAAAUAAUUUUCAUACUUAUAUCAGGAAGUAUUAAUUUAAAAAAAAAUUCAAGUAUUGUUUGUAUGCAGAUACUUUCCAAAUGCAGCAUUAGCCAGAGAAUUUAUUACAAAAGCAAAAAAUAUAUUACUUUCUAGUAAAAUUAUUCUAAAUUAAUGGGAAUAGAAAAAUCUCGACAACAUACAUAUAUGAAACGAAUAGUGUAGCCUAAUGUUAGCCGAACUAUGGGAAAACAAAACAAACAAACGAAAUA